AGUUCUAGCGUUGAAAUAAAUAAUCGUGUUAAGAAUAUUUGAAUUCAGUAGUGCAAGAACUCGGUUACAAAAUGGCACGUUUGAGUAUACUCUGUGUUUUAGUUGUUGUACUUUCUUUAUACUUGGAAAGAGCUGAUUCAGCAUCACGCUCAGUUCGUUCCCCUCAAUUUGGAAGACCGUACCCACCAUUUGGGCCUCCGCCUCCACCAGUAAGAUGCUUUGGGCCAGGUUGUGGACCAUUUGGACCAGGACGCUUCGAACGAAGACACCAUUUUAAUCCUUAUGAAAAUAAUUAUGGAUAUAUUCCACCGGGAGCAGGACGUGGGUCACUUAGUAUUUCGAAGACCAUCAGCAUCAGUGCAGGUGGUAAUGCUCAGUCGAGUGCUUCAUCAGGCGCUGGUGGUGGAAGGUCUAGUGCUGGAUCUCAAGCGUCCAGUUUUGGUGGCAAGUAGGUUAAGCGAUGAUCAGUGAAUUACGUUGAUUAAUAAACAAGUUCUAUUUUUAAGUA